CUCCUCGCUCGUAGUAACUCGAGUCCUGCUCCCUGCACGGUCCUCCCAUUACCACGAGCGAGCGCGUGUCAUCUCAUACGGGCGCGCGGGGGUACGUGGUGCUCUCUGCGCGCGCAUGGCGGCGAGCGAGCAGAGCUCCGAGUCCUCGUCCACGUCCUACGCUUCCUCCUACUCCACGUCCUCGUGCUCGCCCAGGGCCGACGCCAAGAAGCGGCAGGACGGCGGCAACAAGCGGAAGCGCGCGGCGGCGGCGGGCGAGGAGGAGGAGGAGGCGGCCCCGGCGGCGGCGGCGGCGUCGUCGUCGUACCGCGGCGUGCGGAUGCGGGCGUGGGGCAAGUGGGUGUCGGAGAUCAGGGAGCCGCGCAAGAAGUCCCGUAUCUGGCUCGGCACCUUCCCGUGCCCGGAGAUGGCCGCGCGCGCCCACGACGCCGCCGCGCUCAGCAUCAAGGGCGCCCGCGCCGUGCUCAACUUCCCGGACCUCGCGCCCGCGCUGCCCCGCCCGGCCUCCCUCGCCCCGUGCGACGUCCAGGCCGCCGCCGCGCGCGCCGCCCUCAUGCACGACCACGACCACCAGUGCUGCUCCGCCUCAACCUCAACCUCCCCCACCGCGGCGCCGGCCUCCGCGUGCGGCAAUGCGCCGGCGCCAAGCGACCAGCCGGCCGCGCGGGACGAGCCGGAGCCGUUCCAGCCGAGCCAGGGAAGCGAGCAGCAGCUCACGGCCGCGCAGGUGGAGAUGGUGUUCGACGAGCUGGCGCCGCUGUGGGUGGAGGACGUGGUGGACUUCGCGCCGUCCGAUCACUGCUGGACGGCGUACGAUUGUCUCGACCCCCUCGGCUACCAACCUCUCCUGUGGGAGUAUUAAUUAGGCUUGCUGUAAAACACCCACCCCUUGAUUUCCUCUCUUCUUCUUCUUUUCUUGGUUUUGUGUGGCUUUCUAGUGCUACUUAAAAUGAAGCACAUUUUUCGCUUUUUCAUUUGGUUUGCGCACGUUCGGGUCGGUUGGGACUACUUGUAAGUUUGAGAUGUUUGUGACCAAUUUAGCUUAGAUGUGAGUUGAGUUUGAACAUAAGAAUCUAAUGUACAUGUCAAAAAAAAUAAAAUUACGCGGGCUUUAGGUUACCGCAAAAUUACGUGUUU